UGAAGCGGUGCGUCAGUUCGCUCGCUCGUCAAAGCGCCUACAACUCUGAGCGCAGCAGCAAACGCUCCUCAAACCAAAAAAAACACCAACAUACUCAGUUUUCCGAAAGUCUCUGCACAAAAUAUUGACGAUUACCUUUCCCUGAAACCGCGUUUUAGUUGAUUUCGUUCGCCUGGAAACGCUGGAUAUGGAGCAGGUUGGUUCUGAAUAACGGACGCGGACAAAGCGGAUCAUCUGUAGCCGUGAUGAGCGCGACUAUGAGCGGCUCUGGAUCUGCGCCCUGCCGCUUUGCACAUUACUUCAUAGUAUGCGGAUUAGACGACGAAACGGGACUUGAACCCGAUGCUUUGGCAGCUUUAUACCAGUGGCUAGAGGCUGAUCGGCAGGGCAAGGAUCCAGAGGCCACAGCAGCAGGGGAAAACUUUGAUCAGAGUCCCCUAAAAAGGACCUUCAAGUCUAAAGUGUUGGCUCACUACCCGGAGAACAUUGAGUGCAACCCAUUUGACCAGGAUGCUGUUAACAUGCUCUGUAUGCCUAAAGGCCUGUCAUUCAGGACGCAGCGGGACAGUCUGGCUCCGCACUUCCACUCGUUCCUCAUCACCCGAGAGGACGGCUCACGGACUUACGGCUUCGUCCAUACCUUCUAUGAGGAGGUGACGAGUCCUCAGAUCUGCUCCGCCAUGCAGACGCUCCAUCAGAUGCACCAGGCUGAACACAACACAUCUGCACAGAACUGUACUUCAUCCUCCUCAUCAUCCUCCUCCUCCUCUUCCUCCUCUAGCAUGGACUCUUUAUCCAGCAGUCUGGAUGACGUUGACUCUCCAUCCGCUCAUGGAGGCAGAAGAACCUGUGAAGGCUACGACUCGAUCCGCGACACUCUUUAUGUGUCCAAAGCCAUGUGUUUGAUUGCACCGAUGCCCUUCAUGCACGCUUGUAAACGUUUUUUGGCUCAAAUGCACCGGGCUGUGAGCUGUAGUCCUCCGCCGCCACUUCCUCUAGAGAGUUACAUCUAUAACGUGUUGUAUGAGGUGCCGCUGCCGGCGUCUGGACGCUCGCUCAAGUUUCAUGGAGUUUAUGAACCAAUCCUGUGUCAGCGGCCGGGAGUCGGAGAGCUGCCAUUGGCUGAUUUUCCACUGGCCGACGCCUUCCGGUUACUGGGGGUGGAGAAUCUGGUGCAGCUGUUCACCUGUGUCCUGCUGGAAAUGCAGAUUCUGCUGUACUCACAGGACUACCAGCGGCUCAUGGUGGUUGCGGAGGGCAUCACAACAUUGCUCUUCCCUUUCCAGUGGCAGCACGUGUAUGUCCCGAUUCUCCCUGCUUCACUCCUGCACUUUCUAGACGCCCCUGUCCCAUACCUCAUGGGGCUUCAAUCUAAAGAGGGCACUGACCGCUCCAAACUAGAGCUGCCUCAAGAGGCAAACCUGUGUUUCGUAGACAUCGACAACCACUGCAUCGAGCUUCCGGAAGACUUCCCUCAGUUUCCCAACAGGAGUGAGUUCAUCCAGGAGCUGAGCGAGGUGCUGCUCAGUUUUGGCCAGUCUCCCGAAGGGGGUAGCAGCUCUCCUGAACCGGCCGUGAUGAGCUUGCAGACCUCUGUGCUGGAGAAGGAGCUCAAGAGCACUUCGUUGAGAGAGUUGGUGGACGAUAAGACGAACGGCAACCUCGGUGGAGAAGCGCUGGAUGUGCUGGAGCUCCUGCAGGGCAACCCGACGCUGGAGCGCCUGCAGGCUUUGGCCAAGAGGACUGGGGUGAAAGUGGCCCGUCUGGAGGCGCUGGCAGCGGGACAGAAGGGGGAUGAAGGUGUUGGAGGAAGGUCUCCUGUUGAGGAAGAGGAGCUGAGGAAUGCUAAACUGAACGUUCAGCUGAGGGAGGUGUUCGCCGCACGCUUCGCAACGAUGUUUGCAGACUACGAGUCGUUUGUGAUUCAGAACUCGCCAGAUUUGGAGUCUUGGCUGACCAACAGAGAGCAAAUGCACAACUUUGACAAGGCCUCGUUUCUUUCGGACCAGCCGGAGCCAUACCUGCCCUUUCUGUCUCAUUUCAUCGAAACCCAAAUGUUUGCCACCUUCAUCGACAACAAGAUCAUGUCUCAGUGGGAGGAAAAAGAGCCUCUCCUUCGGGUCUUUGAUGGACGCAUUGAGAAAGCCAGACUCUACAAUGUCCGUGCACCCAGUUUACGCUCAUCUGUUUACCAGAAAUGCACUUUCCUCAAAGAAUCAGCCCAGGCUAUUGAGCAGCGGCUGAGAAAGAUCGACCACACGGCCAUCCAUCCUCACCUGCUGGAUAUGAAGAUUGGCCAGGGAAAAUACCAGCAGGGCUUUUUCCCCAAACUGCAGGCAGAUGUGUUAGCCUCUGGGCCCACCAGCAACAAGUGGUCAAAUCGCACAUGUUCGACUCAGCGCAGAGUGGAACGACACAGGCAGCAGAAUGAACAUCUGGUGCUGGACAAUGAACUCAAAGAGAAGUACAUGCAGGAGGCUCGUAACCUGGGGAAGAACCUGCGACAACCCAAAUUAUCAGACUUGUCCCCUGCCGUCAUCGCACAGACCAACUGGAAGUUUGUGGAGGGUUUACUGAAGGAAUGCAAGAUGAAGACCAAGCGCAUGUUGGUGGAGAAAAUGGGGAGAGAAGCUGUCGAACUGGGUCACGGAGAGGCAAACAUCACUGGUCUGGAAGAAAACACACUCAUAGCCAGUCUGUGUGACCUGCUGGAGAGAAUAUGGAGCCACGGGCUUCAGGUUAAACAGGGAAAGUCUGCACUUUGGUCUCAUUUAUUGCAUUACCAGGCGAGAGAAGAGAAAAACGAACAGCAGUUGGAGUCUCCGGUGUCUAAUGGCCAGGAAAGACGGAAAACCGAGUCCAGCGUUGGUCUUCCUGGAUUACGUGUGUCCGUCAUACAGGAUAUGAGACACAUCCAGAACAUGGCAGAGAUUAAGACUGAUGUAGGUCGAGCACGUGCCUGGAUCCGUCUGUCUCUGGAGAAAAAACUGCUUUCCCAGCACCUCAAACAGCUGCUGUCAAACCAGGCCUUAACCAAGAAGCUCUACAAACGUUACGCUUUUCUCCGCUGUGAAGAGGAGAAAGAGCAGUUUCUCUUUCAUCUCCUGAGCCUGAAUGCUGUGGACUACUUCUGCUUUACCAGCGUCUUCACUACUAUAAUGAUCCCAUACCGGGCUGUGAUCAUCCCCAUCAAGAAGCUGAGUAACGCCAUGACCACGUCCAACCCCUGGCUGUGUGUGUCGGGCGAGCUGGGCGACUCCGGCAUCCUGCAGAUCACCAAAAACAUACUGGAGAUGACAUUCGACUCUGCCUUUAGGCCUCACACGCACAUCUCCAUCGCCUUCAAGUGCCAGAAUCUGGGCAAGCUGACCACUGUUCAGCUGGGUCAUGAUAACUCCGGCUUGCUGGCCAAGUGGCUGGUUGAUUGCGUCAUGGUCCGCAAUGAGAUCACCGGACACACAUACAAGUUUCCCUGUGGCCGGUGGCUGGGAAAGGGUGUGGAUGAUGGCAGUCUGGAGCGAGUGCUGAUUGGAGAGUUUGUGGUGCCUUGCGGCGAUGAUGAAGGAGGUCGAGGGUCUAAAACACCACCGCUCCAGAGGUCGCCCUCCCAGAUCCGGAGAAUCAGCAUCACUUCACUCACCGGAAAAGGAAACAAACCAACAACCGUUCAGAUCCAGGAAUCUAUCGGUGAAGCAGUCAACAAUAUAAUUAAACAUUUCCACAAACCAGAGAAAGAGCGGGGCAGUCUCACGGUUCUGCUGUGUGGAGAAGGUGGUCUUGUUUGGGCGCUGGAGCAGUUUUUCCACCAUGGGUUUCGCUCUGCUCGAAUCUUCCAGAAAAAUGUCUUUGUUUGGGAUUUCUUUGAGAGAAUAGUAGCGUUUAUGGAGAACAGAGAUCAAACUGGAGACCUGCAAGAAUCCCCCGAGCCUCUCAGCCUGAAUAGCGAAUCACUCUGUCGAUACGUCAACGCCAUCAACAACAUGCCACGCAACAUCGGCAAAGACGGCAAAUUCCAGCUGCUAGUUUGCCUCGGCGCGAGAGACCGAUUAUUACCCCAGUGGCUCCCUCUACUGGCUGAAAGCCCGGUCAUCACGCGUAUGUACGAAGAAAACGCUUUACUUCGAGACAAACUCACCGUAAGCUCUCUCCUCGGCGUCUUAGAAACGCUACAUGAUUUCCCCAUUACCCUGGAGACUUCGCUUACAAAAAGCGUCGAGCUGUAAUUCAGCGUGGCGAAGUUCAAACUCAGACUGCUUCAGGCCAUCUUCAGGACUGAAACCGUAUUACAAGUUUGCUGGGUUUUUUUUGUUGUUUUUUUUGCGGAGAUUGACUGAAGACUCUUCUUCGCCCCCAAAGAAAUGAACUCUGAACUUCAGACGUGUGUUUUGUAGCAGUAUUUGGAGUCGUGCUCUUUCUAGCCGAACGUUUUAAGAAGACCUGUGGAUUUAUUUAGCUUUCGAAAACCUGUGGUCGUUUGUCUGCGAUCGAGUCGCAUCUGCUUCAGAUCAUGCUCUGACUUUAUAAAACACUAUUUUGACAACUGCUGAGGAGCCUUAGUACGGACCUGUUAUGUUCAGUUAAUCAGAAUCAAAGUGAUUAUACUUGACGAAUUCACCCAACUUCGAGUGUUUAUAUGAACUUUAGCUGUUUAAACUGAUGCUGUUUGUUGGCGAGUAAUAGUUCCUGUUUUAAGGCUGUUCAUACAGAAUUUUCAAAGAAAAUGGUCAUUCCUAUAGGAUGUGAAUCGCUGUAUGUUACGAAAUUUGUGAUCCAUGCGGUCUGGUUGAACACUUUAAGGAGAUGUUUAUUUUGCCAAUGAGUAUUAACUUCAUUCUUAGCUACUUCGGUGGGUUUCAACUGGCUUACGUUCAAGAAAGAAACACUGGAAAUCAUUCAAAGCAAUAACGAGCCCUUAUUUGCCAUAAACCUUCAAUAUACAGUAUCCUGUGGGGUGUAAACCCUAGUAUUUACCACUUAAUUAAGCGUAUUACUUUGUUAAUCCGAGUUGAUUACUACAGAACUUGCACAACGCUUAGUGAUUAAGUAAAACUCAUUUUAUUUUAUGAGCAGUUUUAAUCCUUCUGAAUGAAAUUGACAAUUGUUGCAGGAUUAAAAAUGGCUUUCGGUCACUUAACAUUUCUUUUUGUUUUUAAGACGCUCUGCAUUUAAUCCGUAUGUAUGCGAACACUUAACCUGUGUGUUUUAUUUCAUUUCUAUAUUUCUUUUAUAGUAACUCGGAUUGUUUGUAAGUAUUUAUUUUCAGAGGAAUCUUUUGAGACACUGGUCGAUUAUCUUGGGGUUGCAGUAAGCUUACACUGAAUCAUUUAUUUAUUUUAGGUAAACUACUUUAUCAUGGGUUCGGAGUGUGUGUAUAGUGUCGAAUCCCUCCUCAUCUUGUGUAAAAAAGUCCAUGAGGGAACUGUCCACCUGUUUGCGGUGCUGAUGCAUGCGACAUGUUUUUUUUUUAUGUAGAUCUUGGAGAAGAAGUACUGUUGCUGUAAAUGAAUUGGUUCCUCUUCUAGAUUCUUUCCGUCUCGUUGCAUCAGUUUAUUCCCUGUAUAAAAGCGUUGAUCAUAUUAUGAAAUGCUCCCGGGUUUCUCCGUCAUGUUUAUAUUUGUGAAGCAGCUCAUUAAAAGUGCUCCGUACAUAAAUCUG